AUGCUUGGUGGAUUAGCUCAAGAUAACUACUUAGCUCGCAUGAUUUAUUUGCUUGAGGCAUGUGCUGGAAGGAUGUUUGAAAACAUGGCAGGUGCUGGAAGGAUAUUUGAAACAGGACAGAGAACUUCUCUUCUUCCCGCGUGCAAAAUGACGACGUGUCAUAAUUGGCCCCAACGCUCAAAACUGAGUGAGAGAGUAAGAUCAUGUGGAAAACAUCUGCCUCCAGCCGCUGGGAAAAGAGCCCAAAUCGAUUUCAACCCCUUCAGCCCUUCUCCCUUCGAAGAAGCCCUUCUGCUGUUGCUAGAAGGGACCUUUUUGUGCGGGUUUUCCUCUAUGAUUCUCAAUUUCGCUCCCUUCUUGGUAUAUUCAAAGUCACCUGUUGGGAUUUUAGCAAGCAACGUGAGUGCUUACAACGUGGGUGCUAGCAAGGAAGGGCUCGCACUAAUCUUCUGGGAUUCCCUUUUCUUUGAUUUGCUCGAGUUGCUGGAAGGGUGCCAAUUUCCGUGUGAACAAAACUGUUGGCUGAACUUGGCAUGA